AUGUCUACAUCCAACAAUGCCGUUUUUGUCUGUGGUGCCACCGGUAGCCAAGGAGGUGCCCUAGCGUUAAAACUUCGAAAGGACCUAAAUUGGUCCGUUCAUUCGACCGUCCGGAAUCUUACCUCACCUGCGGCAAUAUCUCUUCUUGAAGCCGGCGUGAAACUUACCCAAGGUGACUGGGAUAAUGAAGCAGCAUUAACUGCUGCCCUUCAAGGAUGCAAUAAAAUAUUUCUCUGCUUGUUACCGGAUUUCAAAGACUCGGACAGGGAACGACGUCAGGCAGAAGUCAUCGUCAAAGUGGCCAAGGCAGCAGGAGUGAAGCAAGUGAUUGUGUCGACUUCUCUAGGCGUCUUCACGCUGGAUGACCAUCAACUUGAAACUGAGGUCCGAGAACACCUUACGCUGGACUCUUUUAUGGCACGACAUAUCGCUAGCAAAAAAGGGGUUGAGGAUGCAGUUCGAAACGGGUGCUUCGAUUAUUGGACCAUCCUUCGGCCUUCCUUCUUUAUGGCUAAUUUCUUAGAGCCCAAGGUUGCAAGAUACCCUGAGCCGAGAGAACAUGGUACUUGGACUACAGCAAUGACACCAGAGGCUCGAUUAGCUUUAAUUGACCACGUUGACAUUGCAGCGUUUGCGGUUGAAGCCCUCCGUGAACCUCAGAAAUUUCAUGGACGUGCAUUCGGACUAGCGAGCGAUAUAUUGACAGUUCAAAAAACGCUGGAUGUACUGGGAAAAGCAGCAGCGAAGCCACUCAAAGCAAUCUUCAUGACGGAUGAAGAGAUCCGUGAGAAGCAAAAGACAUCAAAUGUGUUCACCAAUUCUCAGAUCUCGAUGAGAUAUAUGACUAAAUACAUUGACAUGGAUGAAAUUACGGCGGUCAUUCAACCAACUUCUUUUGAGGAAUUUUUAGACAGAGAAGAUAAAGCCGUACGCAAAACUUACAGCCCUAGAAAUAGUGCAUAG